AAACUGCCUGGUUUAAAACCAGUUCUUUGGCUAGCCUCUGUACCUGAUGGCCAUGCUAUGGAUUGUGUAGUAGGACAUGGAAUAGCUCUUGGUCAGCAAAUUCCACUUAUAAAGAAAAAUCCAAAUUACAGUCAUUGCAAAUGGAUUCAAGUUGUCCAUACUGCCCCUGAAGAAAUUGGCAUGUACAAAAACAUUUCUGAAGGUCAACAAAUGCAGCAAACAGAGAUAGAACUAUGUGAAAUGGCUGAUCAAGUUGUAACAAUUGGCCUCAAGCUAACUGAAGCAUAUAAGAACCAACUCGGAAAAAAAGAUGUUUUUAACCUGACGCCAAGCAUUCUCUCUGAAUUUUCAGAUGUGCAGCAAGCUAGUGAUGAAAGAAGAACAUUUUGUGCCUUGGUUAUUGAGAGUGGUGAUAGUGAAGAUUUUGAUGUUAAAGGAUACAAAAUUGCAGCAAAAGCUAUUGCUAACCUGAAGGAUAAAUCAUACCAACUCAAGUUUGCUUCUAAACAGAGUGGAAAAGAAGAUGAAUUAAAACACAAGUUACUUCAGUGUGGUAUUGAUCAUAAUCAGCUAAUUAUCUGCAGCUUUGAUGAAAACAGGAAAACGUUAGCUAACUUAUUCAAUAUGGUGGAUAUUGUUCUAUUGCCCUCAAAAACUGAGGGAUUUGGGUUGAGUGCUCUCAAAGCCAUAUCUGCUGGUCUUCCAGUACUUGUCAGUGGUAACUCAGGAAUUGCAGAAGCCUUAAGGGAGGUGCCUAAUGGGUCCCAGUUUAUAGUGGAUUCAGAGGAUCCUGCAGACUGGGCCAGAGCAAUAAAAGUUGUGCGUAACAAAAAAAGGAAUGUACGACUUAGAGAGGCUAAGAUUCUCCGUGGAAACUAUUUGCAGCAGUUCAGCUGGGAGGAGCAUUGUGAUUUCCUUGUUACAAAGAUGUGCAAUCUAGCAUUUGGUGGUGAAAUGAAUAUUAAGGUUGAUGUGGAUGUCUUGGAACCUGAAAGACAGAAUAUGCAGACUGGCAUGUUGGCAACAGAGUCUGUCAGAUGCCAAGAAGUUCAGCAGCCAAUGGCAUCUGCUACAUUAACUGCAUCUGGAAGUGUGUCCUAUUCAAAGAAAGAACAUCUCAAGGCCUUUGAAAAGGAAAUCUUUCUAUCAAUUAUGCAAAAUUAUCUCCAGACCACACCACCACAGUCCCCUGAAGAGCACAACAGGUUCAAGGAAUACAUGAAAGAACUGAAGCUCAUCAUUUCUGAUACCUCUGUAGGAAGUUUAGUGAUAACAGUGAAGUGUGAAUCUCUAAUGAUCUUGGAGAACUUGUGGACAGAUUACUCAUCUGGUCAUCUUGGUGAAGUGGUUCAGAAUUGUUUUGUAACUGAGAAGAUCUUGAAGGAACUGAACCUGGCUGAACUGAGGCUGAAGACAACAAUGGACAUAGAAGAGUACAAUGCAUGCAAAAUGUUCUUUGAGAAAGAUGCACUUAGAGAAGCCCUAUCCUCUGAAUUCCGCUCCACAAGUUCAACCAGUGAAAGUCCACAAAAAAAAGAACAAUGGGAAAAAAGUGAACAGAAGACAAAGAUUAUGGAGACAGCAAAAUUGGAAGCUGAACACAACAAUGGACAUAGAAGAGAACAAUGCAUAUACAAACUGUACUUUCUUGAGAAGGAUGCACUCAGAGGUCAGUUGAAAGAAAGAAAAAGGCCUGGUCCUUUGGAAAAAUGUUUUGAAUGA